ACGUGAGCGGCACCGGGACCCUGUCCCAGAGCUACCAGUACAAGGUGUGUCUGGCGGGAGAUUCUGGGACCCGCGAGUUCAAGUUCUUGAAGCCAAUUAUCCCCCACUUCCAGCCCCAAAGCUGUGGGAAAGAAAUAGAGGAAACUUCUACUCUCGGGAAUAGCUUUGGAUUUAAUUGUUGAAAGGGAUUCAUUUAAUAAACACAUUUACUUUUUAAUAUAUUCUUCUUGGAUAACUACAUUGUUUUGCCCACCACCAAAAAGGUGCUCUUUUGUUUGAUUCAUCUUCAACUUUGCAUAUGAUGCUUAACUUCACGUUAACUUUUUUAAAAUUCUGUAUCCUGAUGACUCAUUUCUUACUAGAAUCCCAUGAGUGAAAUAGAAUUUUUUUUCAAAGUUGGCACUAUUAUACUUUUUGCUAGUUGUAAAUGUCUUUAUUAACUUUUUAUUUAUUGUGUCUACAUUGUUCAUUAGUUCUCCUUUUCCUAGAACCUUUUACUUGUUAAAAUAAUCUGCUGCAUGUAAUAUAUGCUUUUACUAUAUUCCUUCUAUUUUGAAACCGGUAUUCUUAUUGGUUUGCCAUCCUUAAUGUUCAUUGCAACAAUUUUCUUAAACUUUACCUUUUUUUAAAAAAAUUCUACUUUCCCAUCAUUGAUAGUUUCCUAUUUGAAAUAUAAUGUUUCUGUCAUAAGUGAUACGAUAAACCUCUAAUCAGCCCUAGAAGAAAAGCAGCUGUAAGGCAUUGAGCUUGUGUAAAUGGGCUUCCAUUUGGAAACUCCCCCUUCCAUCAAAAACAGAAAGGGAUAAGUUUAGUCAUUCUAUAGGAUCGUGUGAAAAUAUGUAAUUUUCUCCUUUAAAUUCUGUAUAAAUAAAUCAGAGGUUCCUGAGGUUCCUGUUAAAUUUUUAAUGGCCAACAGCCUAGUGCCAUUCAGUUGGAAAAACAAUAGCAAUCACAAAGUAGAGGUUUAUGUUGUGUGGCUUUUAAAUUCAACAAUUAGAAGAGUGUGUUGGUAGUGUCAAGCCUUUUCCUCCACAACAUUCCUUGAUUUAAUCUGUUUCCCUUGCUUAUGUUAGAAAAAUAGAACUUCUUUCUAUACAUAAGGCCUUGGAAUAAGAUUCUAUGUAAAAAAUACAUUAUAACUCUGUUCUUAAUUUUAAUAGUGUUCAGAUAGGUGUUAGUGUGAUCUACUCUUUACCUCCCUUUAUUUGGUGCAGAGAAAUUAGAUUCUGCUAAAUUUUGAUUAAGAGGGGACCUUAAAAUAAGGAUCAAUCUCUUCUUUAACCCUGUAGGUUACUUUAAACCUAAAACAGAAAAAAACAAAGGCAAGUGAAAGUAAGGAAACAAAUCGCAAACAGCAAGUGAAAGAACAAAAUUUUUCAAAUGGUAGGAAUUGGAAGGAACUGAAAAAUGUUUCAUGUUCUACCCACCUGAGUUUAUUUAUGCAUGUCCUAAUGCAGCCAGUAUGUACUGCAUCUCUGAUUUAUCACCAGAGAUGAUUAGGUAUCCUAUCCUUAAGUAGCCCACAUGUCGAAGAAGAAACAGACUGGCAUGAAAUAAGAAGCAGUAGAAUUUACAGGGCAAUCAUAGUGGCAUACACAAGUUUUUCUGAGAGCAUAGAGGAGGGACAGUUUAAAUGCUUUUCCCAAAAUGAAUUGGAGAAUCUCAACAAUGGACCAUUUCUCUGUCUCAACGUUAAUUUUUACAAGACAAAGGAAAAGAAAAAUGAAAAAUUUAAAUGAGGCUCUAAAGGAAAAUUGAACACACACACGCAAAUGGGUACAACCAUUGAAAUCUGGUGGAGGCCACACGGUGGCGCUGCAGCCUAAAGAGACGAUUUGGGGAAUGAACUGAGGAUGCUGUGUAAGUCACAGACCGAUGAACUUAAAAGAGAAGCUGUAGCUGCCCAAGAUUGGGAAAAUAAACGGACAAAUAAGACCCCUGUGCUACACGGCGUAGGUGCAGGGUUUCCUACUGCUGUUCUUUUAUGCUGGGAGCUGUGGUUGUAACCAACUAGGAAUUACGUAUUCAGAAGCUAUGGCAGUCACUGAGUUGUGCUUUCCAAGACAAAGGCAAGUUCUGUUUCUUUUUGUUUUUUGGGGAGUGUCUUUGGCAGGUUCUGGGUUUGGACGUUAUUCGGUGAUGGAGGAAGCAGAGAGAGGAUCCUUUGUGGUCAAUCUGGCAAAGGAUCUGGGACUAGCAGACGGGGAGCUGGCUGCAAGGGGAACCAGGGUGGUUUCCGAUGAUAACAAACAAUACCUGCUCCUGGAUUCACAGACUGGGAAUUUGCUCACAAAUGAGAAACUGGACAGAGAGAAGCUGUGUGGCUCCACAGAGCCCUGUAUACUGUAUUUCCAAAUUUUAAUGGAUGAUCCCUUUCAGAUUUACCGGGCUGAGCUGAGAGUUAGGGACAUAAAUGAUCAUUCACCAGUAUUUCAGGAGAAAGAAACAGUCUUAAAAAUAUCAGAAAAUACAGCUGAAGGGGCAGCAUUUCGACUAGAAAGAGCACAGGAUCCAGAUGGAGGACUUAACAGUAUCCAAAACUAUACGAUCAGUUCCAACUCUUUUUUUCGUAUUAAAAUUAGCGGCAGUGAUGAAGGCAUGAUAUAUCCGGAGCUAGUGUUGGACAAAGCAUUGGAUCGGGAGGAACAGGGAGAACUCAGCUUAACCCUCACAGCGCUGGAUGGUGGAUCUCCACCCAGGUCUGGGACCUCUACUGUACACAUCGUGGUCUUGGACGUCAAUGACAAUGCCCCACAGUUUACACAGGCGCUCUAUGAGACCCAGGCUCCAGAAAACAGCCCGGUAGGGUCCCUUAUUGUUAAGGUAUCGGCAGAAGAUGUAGACGCUGGGGUCAACGGAGAAGUAGCCUAUUCGUUUUUUGAUGCCUCAGAAAAUAUUCGAUCAACCUUUCAAAUCAAUCCUAUUUCUGGGGAAAUCUUUCUCAGAGAAUUGCUUGAUUAUGAGUCAGUAAAUUCUUACAAAUUAAAUAUACAGGCACUAGACGGUGGUGGCCUUUCUGCAAGAUGUAGGGUUUUGGUGGAAGUACUGGACAUCAAUGACAAUCCCCCUGAACUCAUCAUGUCAUCAUUUUCCAACCAUAUUGCUGAGAACUCUCCUGAGACGGCACUUGCUGUUUUUAAGAUAAAAGACAGAGACUCUGGAGAAAAUGGAAAGAUGGUUUGCUACAUUCAAGAGAAUGUGCCAUUCCUACUAAAACCUUCCGUGGAGAAUUUUUACAUCCUAAUGACAGAAGGGGCGCUAGACAGAGAAAGUAGAGCCGAGUACAACAUCACCAUCACCGUGACUGACUUGGGGACACCCAGGCUGAAAACCGAGCACAACCUAACCGUGUGGGUCUCCGACGUCAAUGACAACGCCCCCGCCUUCACACAAACC